UUGAAAACAAUACACAAAUACAAAACACAAGCACAUUUAACGUUGUUCAUAUUAACACACAAGAAAGUUUCUAUAUAUCUUCUUAAAAUUCAUUAUGCCCGAAGAUUCUGUAAUUCCCGCUGGCCGUUACACAGUUAAGAAACGAUUUCGACACAAGGAACACACGCGAAAAAACAAGGACUUGCCAUGGUCCAAGAAAAUAUUGGACUUGGAUCACCAUAAAUUGUUUGGACGUACCGCCUGGGGUUGGACAAGAAUUGUUUUAUUCUAUAUGUUUCUAUAUUUUUUAAUACUAUUGAUCUUGGCUAUUUGGAUGAUAAUGUUCAAUGUAGUAUUUUUGAAAGAUGACGAGCCACGUUGGCUUAAGGGGGCACCCGGCAUUUCGACUGUGCCCAAUUCCAGCUAUAUAAAGAUACAUACAAGCAUUCCAAAGGAAAUAUAUAAAAUUACCGACAGAAUAGAUAAAUUCGUAGAUAAAUUGGAAGCAUCUGCUGUGAAGAAAUUCGCCGAUUACAACAAGGACGAACUUUGGGGAUAUUCUACCAAAACGCCAUGCGUUUUUAUUAAGAUCAAUAAAGUAAUAGGAUAUAAACCGAAAACCUAUGAUUCGAUCAGUGAGCUACCGAACGAUAAUCUGUUGAAAACUACAGUGCAAAACUUUCCUGGCGUCGAUAGAAUCUGGUUGACAUGCGAAUCUUCACAAAAAAAUGUCGAAUUUAAUUAUAUACCUGGUCCGUAUUUUGACGCAUCAACCGGCUUGCAGGGGAUCGAACGUGUUGUCGCAAUGCAGAUGAGCCGUAUACCGCUUAAUAUUCAGAUUUAUAUAACAUGCAAGAUUUGGGCGAAAAACCUUCAAAUUGACAUGAAAUACAAUGGCUGGGGCAAUGUACAAUUUUCUUUUAUCGUGUACGAGUCAUAGGGAGCAAACCUCUUCAGGAUUUCGGGACCAUCUGAUUGAAUUUAUAUGCAGCAAAAGACAUUUGGCCGUUCCCCUUAAAUUUGAAUUUCAACUGUAUAUUAA